AUGCGUUUGACGGACCGUGCUCCUCGAGCUGCGGAUGGUCCAGAUUUGAAUUCAAGCCCAGCACCCCCUCCUCGUCUCCACACGUCGCACAGGCCGCGAUUUCUGUCUCCGGGGUCCAAUCCGGGUGCAAGUUACAUGGCGAGUGCGCCUAUCCUUCAGUUGCGUGAAGGCAUUCUAUGGUUUAUGUUCUUGCUCCUCGCCGACAUGGAGCAAGACAACGAAAUACACGGCACCGUCCUUUAUUCCUUUUCCCGGAUAACCCAUGAUCAUGCCCUGACCACCCUCCGACGAGUGUCACAGGUCUGCUCUCUUUGGCGGAGGGCUCUCCUCUCGUCCUCGUCUCUAUGGGCGCGAGUGGUGAAUUUGGACCUCCUUCAGCAGCGAACCGACCAUUGGAGAGCAGAGGUGGCGAGGAGGACUGGGGCAGCACCCCUCGUUAUCAGGGGAACCGCGAUUACCGACCCCGGACUUUCGCUCAUUAACUGCGUUGUGUUCUUCUCCUCUUUUCUGCGAUCGAAUUGGAAGAGAGUUCGGGUGUUUGAUAUCGAAGGGGCAGUUGGAGAGACGUUUAUGCUACCCCAAAUGGAAUUCUGGUCGGUGUUGCACCAACCUGCGAAGCAGCUGGAGCACUUUCGGUUGGACACCGGCGUCCGUUAUACCCUUCCACCCCCAUGGAGACCCUUGUUUGGAGGACAUGCCCCUUCCCUUCGUUUCUUAUCCUGUUCCCGACUCACUUUCGAGAUACAAGAGGUGCCGUGGUUAUCCCAGCUGCGAGAAUUAUGUUUAGUGCAUUGGGAGGGGUAUGCUGUGGACUUGGCGAUCCCGAAGAUGCUGCAAGUCCUCAAAGGGAUGCACUACCUCACCUCGUUAACCCUGCAGAAGGCAUUUACCCGGACCCAACAGGUGCACAACAUUUCUCAAGUUGUUUCCCUUCCGCAACUUCACCACCUCGUCAUAGAGGACACCCUCGCUACAUGCGCAGGGUUCCUAGAGUCCAUACAUCCUUCUCCACGGUGCUGCUUGCACCUCCGCUCAUACGAAUCGCUACGGCCGUUGGAGCCGGCAGACCCCAAUUUGCAGUCAAUUUCACGUUAUAUUUCCAACUAUUUCAGCCAGGUUAGCCCCUCGGGCGUGGAAGUCCGAUUACAGAACAGUCAAUGCAGCAUCCUUGAAUCCCGUAUCCUCCCCAUUCACACCUGUACGAGGAACUUCGCGUUCGACAUCACGCCAGAGUACCCAGAUAUAUUCGUGCCCCCUUCCCCUCGUCUCCCUAACCUGCUACCCGGUUUCCUCAACAUCCUGUCUCCGCACCCCUUCUCGCGCAUUACGACCCUCGACAUCGAGUGUGCGCCGUUCACACACACCCUGAGCGGUGCUAACCCCGAGUUCCUCCAAUUCCUGCUCUCCUUCGAAGCUCUCGAGACGCUAUCGACGAUCUUCUCGACGCUCAACCUCGUAUUGAACGGUCUCCUGGCGCAGGACGUCGAUCUCUUCCCUUUGCUUCGAAGCUUGAGGAUACGGGAGAUCAUCACGGCGGACCUUUCAGGGCCCUACGUCGAGAAUGCGUUCACGCAGUUUCUUGGCUCAAGGGCUGAGAGCGGGAGGCCCGUCGAGGUGCUCGAUCUUAGACCGUGCGGGAGGAAGGUGAAGCCCAUGGGGUUCUUGGAGGCGUUCGCUGGGCUGGAGGUGAGGUGGAGGAAUCUGGAAGACCAGGACGAGGAAUAUACAUGUGGGGCUGGGGAGUCGGAGGUCCUGGACCACUUGGAUUUGAGGUGGAUGGAGCGACUGCAGGAUGACGCAAGGGAGUGGGAUUUGCUCGAGGGGCUGGAGGAGGAAGGCGACACAGACGAAUAG